ACAGACAGCUGACAGACAAAACAGCGAACGCAACGCAACUAACGGCAACACACAACAAUAGAAAGAGGAAGUAAAGUAAAAUUGUAUUGUAGAAAAAAAUAUUUAGCUAACACGAUAGCAUUGUUACUUUACUUUACUUUUUGUUUAAGUUUCCAUUUGUAAUGGAGUCGCAUCCUCUGAACUUGGCCCACCAACAACAUCGCCGAGCUGAGGCCCAUCUCAUCAACAAUAAAUACGACGAAGCCAUGCAGUGUCAUCAUAACGCAGCUGAGCUUCUUCUAGACGCUAUGAAAUCCACCACUUCGUCGGUCGCUUUAGAGUCUAUUACUCUACAACACAGUUACCAUCUAAAACAAAAAGACCUUAUCAAAAGUAAGAAAGAACAAUAUUUGCGUGUUAAAAAAGCAAUGGACAAUUUGAAAUGUCUAGGAAAUGAUCAGUUACAAAAUCUCAAUCUUAAUGAAUCUGCAAAAUUAGAAAUUGCUAUUUACAAAGCUAUAAAUGAAAAUGAUAACUUGUUAAAAAUACUGGCAACCAAGGGUUAUGACAAAGGAAUUGUAAAAGAUGUUGCUAGCAAAGAUUUAGUUGAUGGUAAAAAGAUUGAGAAAACACAAGAUACUGUCUUAGAAGAGUUGCAUAUUUUAAACCAAAACUUGCAUUCUUUAGUAGACCAAUUAGUUUUGCAGGUAGAAGUUCUAAAAGAUGAUAAUGCAACUUUAAGAGAAAGAGUCAAUUACUUAGAAAAAGAGCGAACUAAAUAUCUUAAUAUAUCUGUGACACAGAAUGACAUAAAUAAUGCACAAGAUACUUUUGAUGAGGGACCUAAAGAACAUGUUCAGAGAUUACCCAUCACCAAACUGCCUAAUGAAGAUAAACCACAAGCCAACUUUGAUUUAAGUGCUUUGAAAAACGAUUGAUUAAUAUUUACACUUCUAAGUUUACUUUCCGAAAAGUAUUAAUUUUUUUAUAUGCAUAGAUUAUUUAUAUGCAUAGAUGUAACAUUAUUUUUUUGUUCAUAAUAUGUAAGCAGGUGCUGUGUGUGAAGUUUUUUGACAUUUGUAAACAAAUAAAUUAAUAUCAUGUUAUUAGCCAUGUUAAUUUACUUGCAUGUAAAUUGUUUCAGUAAUUAAAUACUGAAGCACA